AUUCUAUGAUUGAUUAAUCAAGAACAUUUUUUAUGUGAUCGAUCUUCACUAAUUUUCAGUAUGUUGGUCAAAGCGUUGUUUAAUAAUAUUUAAUAACACGACUCGGUACAGACACAGUGAAGUGACUACAAAGAUAGGCUACAGGCUACGGGACACAGGUGCACUACUGUUAAUGCCAGUGAUUUGACGAGUCGACGACGCACGGCAGCUAUUAACAUCACUUCGUGAAGUAAAGGUCGGCGGCAGGCGGCGGGCGGUGACCCCUCGAGAUGGCGGAGGCGCACUCGGCCGUGGCGUUCUCGUUCGCGAUCACGCACGACGGCUGGGACGUGAACUUCGACCGCGAGGUGCUGUACCUCGUGUGGGAGUCCGGCUUGCGCUCCUGGAAGAAGCGGCUGGCGAGGUUCAGGAACAGCAUCCACAACGGCGUGUACCCCGGCCACCUUCAGUCGCUGUACUUCCUGUGGACGGUGCUCGCGGCGGCGCACUUCGCCGGCUUCGACAUACCCUUCGGCUUGGUGCAGAAAGCCCUGACCCUGCUUCCCAGCGAGUCGACGCCGUGGCAAGUGGUCGCCUGCCUGCUGGCCGCGCUCGCCAUGUGGCUGUCGGUCAUCUUCCUGAUGCGCUACGCGCUCAAGCUGCUGCUCAUGUACAAGGGCUGGAUGUACGAGUCGCGCGCGCCGGGCUCCAAGCUCUCGCUGCGCACGGUGUUGUGGGCCAGCGUGGUGAAGGUGCUGUCGGGCUGGAACAAGCCGCGCCUCUACAGCUUCCAGGGCUCGCUGCCGCGCCUGCCGCUGCCCGCCGUCGCCGACACCAUGCGCCGGGUGAGAGAGACCAAGCGUAUGUGCAGGGCUGAUGUACGAGCGCGCACGGUGCUGUGGGCCAGCGUGGUGAAGGUGCUGUCGGGCUGGAACAAGCCGCGCCUCUACAGCUUCCAGGGCUCGCUGCCGCGCCUGCCGCUGCCCGCCGUCGCCGACACCAUGCGCCGGGUGAGGGAGACCAAGCGUAUGUGCAGGGCUGAUGUACGAGCGCGCACGGUGCUGUGGGCCAGCGUGGUGAAGGUGCUGUCGGGCUGGAACAAGCCGCGCCUCUACAGCUUCCAGGGCUCGCUGCCGCGCCUGCCGCUGCCCGCCGUCGCCGACACCAUGCGCCGGUACUUGUUGAGUGUCCGGCCCCUCCUGGACGACGACAACUACCGGCGCGUGGAAGGGCUCGCCAAAGAGUUCGAAGAGGGCAUAGCGGUCAAGCUGCAGAGAUAUCUGGUUCUCAAAUCGUGGUGGUCGAGCAACUACGUGUCGGACUGGUGGGAGGAGUACGUGUACCUGCGCGGGCGCUCGCCGCUGAUGGUCAACUCCAACUUCUACGGCACCGACACGCUGCUGCGGCCCACGCGCCGGCAGGCCGCGCGCGCCGCCACCGUCAUCCACUUCGCGCUGCGCUUCCGCCGGCUCAUCGAGCGCCAGGAGCUGGAGCCGAUAAUGCUGCAGGGGAUGGUCCCGCUGUGCUCGUGGCAAUACGAGCGGCUGUUCAACACGGUGCGCGUGCCGGGCGUGGAGCGCGACCGCAUCGUGCACUACCAGGACUCGGCGCACGUGUCGGUGCACCACCGCGGCCGCUACUACAAGCUGCUGGUGUACGCGCGCGGCCGCCUGCUCAACCCCGCCGAGAUACAGACCCAGCUGCAGCAGAUCCUGAGCGACGAGGCGGAGGCGGCGCCGGGCGAGGUGCGGCUCGCGGCGCUGACGGCGGGCGAGCGCUCGCACUGGGCGCACGUGCGGCAGACCAUGUUCCAGCGCGGACACAACCGCACGUCGCUGCACUGCAUCGAGCGGGCCGCCUUCCACGUGUCGCUGGAUUGUAUGGCGUACGGGUUCGACGAGAGCGACGUGUCGCGGCUGGACGAGUACGGGCGCGUGUUGCUGCACGGCGCGGGCCACGACCGCUGGUUCGACAAGUCCUUCAACCUGUGCUUCAGCACCGACGGCUCCGUCGGCUUCAACACUGAACACACGUGGGCGGACGCGCCGGUGAUGGGCCAUCUGUGGGAGUACGUCAUGUGGUCAGAGCUGGAGUAUGGGUACGACUCGGAGGGCGACGCGCGCGGGGAGGUGAGCGCGCCGCCGCCGCCGCCCGUGCGCCUGGCGUGGGAGCUGUCGGCGCCGCUGCUGGCGGCGGUGGACGCGUCGCACGGCGUGGCCGACGCGCUGCUGCGCGACCUCGACCUGCGCAUACUCAUGUUCACCGACUACGGCAAAGGUCAGUACAUCGCUCGCCACAGGCACGACUCGGAGGGCGACGCGCGCGGGGAGGUGAGCGCGCCGCCGCCGCCGCCCGUGCGCCUGGCGUGGGAGCUGUCGGCGCCGCUGCUGGCGGCGGUGGACGCGUCGCACGGCGUGGCCGACGCGCUGCUGCGCGACCUCGACCUGCGCAUACUCAUGUUCACCGACUACGGCAAAGGGUUCAUGAAGAGCUGCCGCAUCUCGCCCGACGCGUUCAUCCAGAUGAUCCUGCAGCUGUCGUACCGGCGCGCGGCGGGCCGCUUCUGCCUCACGUACGAGGCGUCCAUGACGCGCCUGUACCGCGAGGGCCGCACCGAGACCGUGCGCUCGUGCACGCUGGAGAGCGUCGCCUGGGUGCAGGCCAUGCAGGACCCCGCCUCUUCCGUGGAAGAGCGCGUGAAGCUGCUGCGAGUGGCCGCCGCGCGCCACCAGCUCGGCUACCAGGACGCCAUGGCCGGCAGAGGCAUCGACCGACACCUGUUCUGCCUCUACGUCGUCUCCAAAUACCUCGAACUGGAGUCGCCCUUCCUCCAGGAGGUGUUCAACGAGCCCUGGCGCCUGUCCACCAGCCAGACGCCGCACGGUCAAACGAGCUUGCUGGACCUCAAGAAGUAUCCCAAGUGCGUGAGCGCGGGCGGCGGCUUCGGCCCCGUGGCGGACGACGGCUACGGCGUGUCGUACAUCAUCGCGGGCGAGGACACGCUGUUCUUCCACGUGUCCAGCAAACUCAACUGCCCCGUCACGAGCUCGUCGGAGUUCGUGCGGCAGAUCGAGCGCUCGCUGCGCGACGUGCGCCAGCUGUUCGCCGACUACCGGAACAUGAACCUGCGCAAGUAGCGCCGCUGCCGCCUCGGCGUGCGUCGCGUCGCGUGGCGUGUGCCGCCCCCUCUCGCGCUGUCGUCGCAUCGUAAAUGUGGAAUACGAUUCGUCGCUCCGUUGCGACGACGCGGCUCUCCCUGAUGAGUAUAAUAUAUGUUUAUGUCGUGCUGUGUCGUUGUGCUUCGCGAGCGGUGUCACGUUCUGUUGAGAUCUGUGCACACGCACACGUGACCGUAGUCGUGGUGUUCCAUUAUUUCUUAUUUGACUCUGUUGACUCUGACACGAAAUUAUACAUUCACAACAAAGCACUCGAUCAUUUUGACCAUGUGGCAACAUGUGGCAACAUGUAGCAACAUACGGAAACAUGUGUAAACUGUAAUCAUAACUACAAUUAAAUCACAGUAUUUUUAUAUUUAUACAUAAACGUGUUUUUAUAUUUGUCGUUUGUCACUUUAAUGUAACGUAAAGAACUCUCAACACCUACAUUUUUAAUUUCGCGUUUUCAUUUUAAUGAAUUGAACGUGACACGUACCUGUGCUAUUGUGUGGAACUCAUCCAAAUACGCGUUUACAAGUUGGAUCCCAUCCCACGUCACCCAUCCCACGUCACCCAUCCCACGUCACCCAUCCCAAGUCACAAGUCCCAUGUCACCCAUCCCAAGUCAGCCUUCCUUUAUUAGGAGUAACGUGAUUUUUCAUACUCGCAUUACUAAAUUUUACUAAAGUCAUUUUUUCAUGUUACAUUCAGAAGUGUCGCCAUCUGUAGCCCGGCUCUGUACGCACACACUGUACAAGUUACAUGACAUGAUCAUUUAUUGUAAGUUUUAUGUAUUAUUGCAAUAGUCGAAGGCUUCACCGCGGCCUCGUGUGUGUGUCGCAGCGCACGACUUGGUGUUGACGUUAUGUAAUGUUUAUUAUUUAACUUUAUGAACAUUAUAUUUUUAUUUAUAUAGAGAAUAAUUUUUAGAUAGUACAAUCAUACAUUUAGAUUGGGUCAAGGUGUAUAUUUUGCUUAUAAUUUAUUUUGAUUGUGUAUAUUUUUAGUUAUUUGUAUCGUUCAGUUUGGAUAAUUUUAUUAUGACUCCAUCGUCGGGUCGUCGAGGCGAUUCCCUUUGAACCGAUACAACGUGUCGUACCACAGUACGUACACAUGCGACACCGUACCGCAGUGUGUACACAAUCGACACCGCAGUGUGUACGCAUUCGACACCGUACCGCAGUGUGUACACAGUCGACGCGCGUGCGGCGAGUGCACGAAUUCAAACGAAAUGAACUUCAUUAUCAUACCAUAUAUAUAAUUUUACCAGUUCACACUCGAAUAGCCCAUCGACGUCGGACGAUCGUUCAUAAAUCACAUUUGUAUUAAAAUACUAUUUAUGCUAAGGAAAACAGUGCUUCUUUGUCUACAGUGAGUGCAAAGUCUGAAAAAUAGUAAACUGUAAUCGAGGCCCGUAACACGACAUCUAUUUAGUUUAAUUGUGAAUGAAUUGUUAACUAGUUAUUGUUAUUGUCGCCACAGCGUGUGCCGACGAGCCGACCCGGAGCGAAACGACCGUCAAUUAAACUCGUAAACAAUUAAAAACUCCAUAGAAAUAUAUUGUGAUGUACACUUGGCGAAACGGAAUACAAUUUAUCUCUACUAUUGUAUUGUGUAUACGGUUGUUAUUGUUUUACUUUACUGUUUGACGAGAGCUCCUAGCGUCUGACUCGGGUCCGUUCGUCAGACCACAUGUUUACUUUGUUAGUGCGCCAUUUGAUUGAUGUUGUGGUGCGCUCGUGGUGCGCUCGUGGUGCGGACUGCGCCGGACGGUGUCGUUCAUAACAAUCAUUAAUUAUUAUUUUUGUAACAAUUAAUGCGAUUUAUUACAGAUAUCGUUUGUUUGUUAUCAUUUAAUCUCAAUUAGUUAACGGUCAUUUUGACGGUAGUUAUAAUUAUACUAGGUAAUAUUUCGCUUAGACGUGUUGAAUUUUUAUCUACAAAAGAAAAUGAAUAUAUUAUAAAUUAAAUGAAUAUAAUAUAUAUGAAAUAGUAAAUUAAAAUAAAAUAUAUAAUUUAUUUACUUAUGAAUUUCUUUAUCCAUAUAAUAAAAUAUAGUAUCAGAUGUUACACUCGUGCGCACACAUGCACACAUCGGCUCCUAGAGCCGCUCUCACGUCUACACGGUGAAAUACAAUGUACGAUAUAUGUAUGUGUAUAGACUGUCCUCAUGCGAGUCGUUUAUAAUUUGUAUUAUAAUUAUAGAUAGAUAUAUUGGUUGUUUGUUUGAUAUUAUUGUUUCUAUAGUAAACAUUUAUAAGCUUUGAUGUUGUAUCAUUUGUUUUAAAGUAUUUUAUGACAUAUGUUUUAUGCUGCUGCGUGCACUGCACUCGGUGUGAACCAACUAGGGUGAUCAUUCUCACGUGCGCGAGUAUUGAUCUCAAUACGAACGACAUUUACUCAUCAGUGUACACUCGUUUUCCGUAUUCGUUUACCAAAUGCGUAAUUUCGAUUAGCAAUUCCGUAGACUAUACGUUUAUCUUCAUUCGGAAUCGUCGCAGGGGCUCGCAUUCGUUACUUACGAGCGGAAUUUCUUAUUUUCGGAAAAAAUCUUAAUUUUAACGUAUUUUGUAUUGAUUUCAUGCAGUCGUUCUUCCGAACACGGACAACGGAUUCGGACAACGAAUACGGAAACGAGCGCACGCGGCGCCUCGCGCACACUACUCGUCGGCGCGCAGCGUGCCGGACGUGCGCCGGCCGCGCGCCGGACGUGCGCCGGCCGUGUGCCGGACGUGCGCCGGACGCGCGCCGGUCGCCGAUGUCACACCUUGUGUUUUAUUGCGAUUUAUUUUUGCGUGGUGUCGUGCUUUUAUAUGCAUUUUUAAACGUCGGACACAAUAUUUAGAUUGUAUUUAUAUAUGUGAGCGUCGGUUUCGCCACCUUCUGCCGAGUGUCGGAUAGCCUAAACGUCACUUCACUCGUGACAAAUGACAGCGACUCCGCCCCUGACAGCGCGCGGCGGACCGACCCUGACACCCCUGACACCCCUGACGGUAGUAGUCUGCUAAUGUUUUAGCUGUAAGCGGUCACGUCAAUGACAGUUUUAAAUCAAUGUCUAUAUUUAUAUAUUUUUACGGUUCUAUUUUAAAGAUGUAAGCGACUCGUCGUUGUAUAUUUUUGUAUAACAUUUUGUAUUGUGCCGGAAUGUUAUAAAAGAAUUACUCUGUGAAUAGUUCCGAGUCUAAAGCGAACCUAAAUACAGCUAGGAUUACAUGUAAAAAUUACCAAUGCAAUGUUGCGAUGGACAUGUCGAAACUUUGUGGCGCGCCGACGCGUGCGAGCGCCCGCAGUGUGACGUCACACGACGGCCGUGCAUCCAAACCCCGUCAUCUCGCAUGACAAGAGUCUUCACCAUCUCCCGAGGUGUCACAGUUUGUCUUUGCCAUUUCACAUAAAGUAAGACAUUGACUAAAGUUACGAUCGGACACUUAUCAGAAGGUGGUGAAGCGCCUCGUGUGGUGAUGGUCACAAAGGGGAUGGUCCAAAAUUGUCUGGAGCCCGGGUCCAGUCGUUGUACCCUAGCGGAAAUAAAAGAAAAUAUUUUUUGAUCAUACAAAUCUACGAAUUUAAUUCUUUCAAAAUAAUAUUCAUUAUCUCCCAAGAAAUGCAACACUAUUAAGGGUGAUAAUUUCAAUGUAGUAAUCGAUUUGACGUUUGCUGUCAAUUGUCAUGUCACAGUCGCUCUAAGGGCGCCAUCUUAAUGUAACUCAAAAACUUGGGUUUUAAUUUAUUUAUUUCUUAUUAUUUAGUUACAUUCAUUCACUUUAAUAAAUUUUAAUAAGAUCCUUGUAUUUUUUAAAUUUGAAUGAUACGGGUACAAGAGUGGGCCUGUAAUGGAGCAUCUCCUUUGCGAGCGAGCGGUUUGAGUGACGUUUCAGUCGGAGUAUUGCUGUAUGCAUGUAAGCGGCGGCUGUGUUUGUAGUGUUUGUUCCGGAAGUGGUCCGCCGCCGCCGCUGCGACGAUCACACUUACGCCUCACGGUGACGAAACCACAAGUUGCUAAUUCACUACUCGGAUAAUAUAUUAGUAUGUAAAUAAUAUAAUAUAUAAUAUGUACACUGGAUCACAACACUUUGUUACUUAAGUUUUACAACAAUUUAUUGUAAAUAAAUAUUGAAUACAAAAUAUAUUAUGAAGCUUCUAA